GUCCCCGUUGCCGGUGUCCCCCUGUCCCCGUUGCCGGUGUCCCCCUGUCCCCGCUGCCGGUGUCGCCGGCCGUGUCCCCUCCAUGGAGAACUUCCAGAAGGUGGAGAAGAUCGGCGAGGGCACCUACGGCGUGGUCUACAAGGCCCGCAACAAGGUGACAGGAGAGGUGGUGGCGCUCAAGAAGAUCCGCCUGGACACGGAGACCGAGGGUGUCCCCAGCACGGCCAUCAGGGAGAUCUCGCUGCUCAAGGAGCUCAACCACCCCAACAUCGUCAAGGCUCUGGAUGUCAUCCACACGGAGAACAAGCUGUACCUGGUGUUCGAGUUCCUGCACCAGGACCUCAAGAAGUUCAUGGACUCCUCGUCCCUCAGCGGGAUCGCGCUGCCGCUCAUCAAAAGUUACCUGUUCCAGCUGCUGCAGGGGCUGGCCUUCUGCCACGCCCACCGGGUGCUGCACCGGGACCUGAAGCCGCAGAACCUGCUCAUCAACGCCGAGGGCUCCAUCAAGCUGGCCGACUUCGGGCUGGCCCGCGCCUUCGGGGUGCCCGUGCGCACCUACACGCACGAGGUGGUGACCCUGUGGUACCGCGCCCCCGAGAUCCUGCUGGGCUGCAAAUAUUACAGCACGGCCGUGGACAUCUGGAGCCUGGGCUGCAUCUUCGCCGAGAUGAUCACGCGCCGAGCCCUGUUCCCGGGUGACUCCGAGAUCGACCAGCUGUUCCGCAUUUUCCGCACGCUGGGCACGCCGGACGAGGCCGCCUGGCCGGGGGUGUCGGCGCUGCCCGACUACAAAGCCACCUUCCCCCGCUGGGCGCGCCAGGACCUGGCCAAGGUGCUGCCCCCGCUGGACGACGAGGGCCGCAAGCUCCUGGCGCAAAUGCUGCACUACGACCCCAACAAGCGAAUCUCGGCCAAGGCCGCCCUGGGCCACCCCUUCUUCCGGGACGUCACCAGAGCUGUCCCCCACCUGCGCCUCUGACCCCAAAACAGCCCCAAAACCCCCAAAAACGGCCCCAAAACCCCCCAAAUAUCCCCAAAACCCCCCAAAUAUCCCCAAAACCUUCAAAAACGACCCCAAAAUGGCCCCAAACCCCCCAAAAACGGCCCCAAAACCCCCCAAAUAUCCCCAAAACCUUCAAAAACAACCCCAAAACGGCCCCAAAAGCCCCAAAAAUGACCCCAAAAUAUCCCCAAAACCUUCAAAAACGACCCCAAAACGGCCCCAAAACUCCCCAAAAAUGACCCUAAAACCCCCAAAAUGACUCUAAAUCCCCCAAAAUGACCCUAAAACCCCCAAAAAUGACCCUAAAACCCCAAAAAUAUCCCAGAAACCUUCAAAAAUUACCCCAAAACAGCCCCAAAACCCCCCCAAAAUGACCCUAAAACCCCCAAAAUUACUCUAAAUCCCCCAAAAUGACCCUAAAACCCCCAAAAUAUCCCCAAAACCUUCAAAAAUUACCCCAAAAUAUCCCCAAAAUACCUCCAAAACGGCCCCAAACCCCCCAAAAAUGACCCUAAACCCCCCAAAAUAUCCCCCAAACCCCCAAAAUAUCCCCAAAACCUUCAAAAUGACCCCAAAACGGCCCCAAGAGCCCCAAAAUAUCCCCAAAAGGUCUCCAAAUGACCCCAAACCCCCCAAAUGUCCCCAGAAGACCCCAAAAAGUCCCAAAACGGCCCCAAAAUGGCCCCAAAAGUCCCCGAAAUUACCCCAAAUCCCCAAAAAUUCCCCAAAAAAGUCCCUAAAUCCCCCCAAAAUGUCCCCAAAAGACUCCAAAAGUCCCAAAAUGUCCCUAAAUUGACCCAAAAUGACCCCAACCCCCAAAAUGUCCCUAAAUGCCCCAAAAAUGUCCCCAAAUUGUCUUCAGGACCCCCAAAAUAUCCCCCAAAUGUCCCCAAAACAGCCCAAAAAGUCCCAAAAAAUCCCUAAAAUGACCCAAAAUGACCCAAAACCCCCAAAAUGUCCCCAAGAUGUCCCAAAAUGUCCCUCAAUGUCCCCAAAACGUCUCCAAACGUCCCCAAAAUGUCUUCAGGACCCCCCAAAUGUCCCUAAAAUGUCCCCAAACCCCCUCAAAAAAUCCCUAAAUGUCCCCAAAACGUCCCCAAAAAGUCCCCCAAAUGUCCCCAAAUCGUCCCCAGGGGGUCCCAAGGCCACCCCUCCCCCCCCCCCAGUGCCACCCCCUCGAUGUCCCUUUGUCCCCUCCCCCCCCCCGGGCGGUUUUUGGAGCCGAAUUUUGGGUUUUUAAUGGGGUUUU